AUGUUUCGAGUUCUUGCUACGAUUUUAACUUUGUGGUUAGCUGACAAAUCUGGUCGCCGGCUUUUACUUAUUGUUUCUUCAUCUGCAAUGGCUUUGAGUCUUUUGGUUGUUUCAAUAUCAUUCUACUUGAAGGAAUAUAUAUCACCAAAUUCUGAUUUAUAUGCGACAUUGAGCCUCGUAUCGGUGGCUGGAGUUGUGGUCAUGGUUAUUGCAUUCUCUCUGGGAUUAGGAGCAAUACCAUGGAUUAUAAUGUCUGAGAUUCUUCCGAUUAACAUCAAAGGCCUAGCUGGAAGUUUUGCAACACUUGCCAAUUGGUUCUUUUCCUGGUUGGUUACAUUAACAGCAAAUUUGCUCUUGGAUUGGAGUUCGGGAGAACAACCUUGUCCAAAUGGUAUUCAGAAGUUGAUGAAGCUCGAUCAAGUUAGAGCACUUUUGGAGGUCUUAGAGCUUGGAAUUGUUGCAAAAGCUUCACAGGAUGUCGAAGAUGCUAAUGGAAUCAAGAAAUUGGAUUGA